AUGUCUCAAUCUCCCUCAGGAGGUCGUUCAAAUGAAGAUAGUUAUGUUCAUUCAAGUGAAAGCAAGUUAAAAAAAGGUAUUUUGGAAAAGUUGAGAAAAUUGGUUCGAUUAAGCCAUAUUCAUUUUCCAAAGGAGGAAAUUGAUGAGACUAGUUUACCUUUACAGAUUGGAUCGAACGUGACAGUAAAACAAUAUAACAAGUUUCUUGACCGUAAAGCGCCACGUGGGUACAAGUAUCAACGACACGACAACGGCAACGUAUUUAUCAUCGAUAUGUCUAAUCCUGAGCAUUCAUAUCUUGUCGCGUUGUUAAUCCAAUUAUUUGGUGCCUAUAAUGCUGGUUUUCCGACUUUUAAUCGUCCAAUAAAGGCCCAAAGUGAUACGUUUCAUUAUAAUCCAAAUGGAACUGGUGUUAAAAUUGCUCCAGACCUUGCAAUAGCACCAAAUAAGCAUUACGUUCCAAAACCCAUCGUCCCUCAUCCAGGUCCUCCUCCAAGCGAUAUAAACGGUAAUUCUCAUGCCAGAAUUGUGGUUGAGAUUGCUAAUUACCAGUCCACCGAAUCUUGGAUCACAAAAUGUGAACUAUGGUUACAAGAAACUUAUGUACGUUAUGUGUUUGGCAUAAAGCUCCAUAACCCGAGGAAUGUAAGGGACUUACAAGGACGAAGGUUAAGAGCGAUGACGGCAAGACUCUGGACCCAAGGAACAGCAGGAUACCAAGAAUGGGACUUCGGAACUAUUCCAAAGGAUACUAAUAUUUAUCCUGGUCUCCCCAUACCCACUACUGCAUGUACUGGACCGGGUCUCCUGAAUUUCACAGUAAGCAUUCCAGUUAAAGAAGUCUUUUAUGACCCGCCAAAUCCAGUCCCCCCUGGAUACUCACCUGUGAUACCUGCUGGACUUACUAUCAAUCCUG